GGUGCCCGCCCAGGUGGCCGGCGGGGCAGGGGGAGCGCGGGGACCAGGAGGCAGACACGGCCCAGACACCCCACAAGUCCACCGGCACUCCGAGGCCGCGGGACCCCAGGCGGGGAGAGGGGGGUCCGAAGCCCCGCGCCCCCGAACCCGCGAUGGCCGGCGAGGCCCGGGCCGGCGGGGACACGGCGCUGCGCCGCCUCCUGAGGCUGCACCGCACCGAGAUCGCCGUGGCCGUGGACAGCGCCUUCCCGCUGCUGCACGCGCUGGCCGACCACGACGUGGUCCCCGAGGACAAGUUCCAGGAGACGCUGAGUCUGAAGGAGAGGGAGGGCUGCCCACAGGCCUUCCAUGCGCUCCUCUCCUGGCUCCUGACCCAAGACGCGGCUGUCAUCCUGGACUUCUGGAGGGUUCUCUUCAAGGACUACAAUCUGGAGAGAUAUGCCCGGCUGCAGCCCAUCCUAGACAGCUUCCCCAAAGAUGUGGACCUCAGCCAGCCCCGGAAGGGGAGGAAGCCCCCGGCUGGCCCCAAGGCCCCCGUGCUGCUGCCCAGGCCCCCCACCAAGAGGAAGGCUCUGGAGGAGCCACGGGCCACCCCAGCGGCAGCCCUGUCCCCCAGGGGCACCUCCAGCCCAGGCUCCCAAGGGAAGGCCAAGCCCCCCAAGAAGCCAGAGAGCAACGUGGAGCCGCAGCGCCUCCCGCUCGGCAACGGAAUUCAGACCAUGUCCACUUCGGUCCAGAGAGCCAUGGCCGUGUCCUCUGGGGAUGUCCCUGGAGCCCGCGGGGCCGUGGAGGGGAUCCUCAUCCAGCAAGUGUUUGAGUCAGGGGGCUCCAAGAAGUGCAUCCAGGUUGGGGGGGAGUUUUACACUCCCAGCAAGUUCGAAGACCCCGGUGCAGGGAAGAACAAGACCCGCAGCGGCGGCCUGAAGACCCUGGUCCGAGCCAAGGGGACCCAGGCUGCUGCUCCUGGUGGAGGCGAUCCGAGGGCAGGCCAGCAGGGCAGGGUCCUGGCCCCUCCUGCCCUCCCCAGCGAGCCCCAGCUCCACCAGAAGAACGAGGAUGAGUGUGCAGUGUGCCGGGACGGCGGUGAGCUCAUUUGCUGUGAUGGCUGUCCCCGGGCCUUCCACCUGGCCUGCCUGUCCCCACCACUCCGGGAGAUCCCCAGUGGGACCUGGAGGUGCACCAGCUGCCUCCAGGGAAGAGCCCAGCAGGAGCUGCCCCGGGUGGAGGAGCCCCGGACCCAGGAGCCGCCUGUGGAGGCCCCGGUCCUCCUGGGACUGAGGUCGGCAGGAGAGGAGGCCAGGGGACCGCCCAGGGAGCUCCCGGCUGGGAUGGAUGCUGCCGUCACCUACAAGCACCUGCUGGCCCCACCUUCCGCAGCACCCCUGCCGGUGCUGGACCCUUCGGCCCUGCACCCCCUACUGUGUGUGGGCCCCGAGGGGCAGCAGGGCCCGGCGCCCGGCGCGCGGUGUGGCGUGUGCGGGGACGGCGCGGACGUGCUGCGGUGCGCGCACUGCGCCGCCGCCUUCCACUGGCGCUGCCACUUCGCCGCGGGCGCCCCCCGGCCCGGGGCCGUCUUGCGCUGCAGAUCCUGCUCCGGAGACCCCGCCCCGGCCUCGGGGGAGGGGGCGCCCGCCCCGAGCCCCGCCCGGCCUGCUCCCGGGCCCGCUAAGGCAGGGGACAAUUCUGCUGGUCACGAGCCCGUCCUGCACCGGGAUGACCUGGAGUCCCUCCUGAGCGAGCACAGCUUCGACGGCAUCCUGCAAUGGGCCAUCCAGAGCAUGUCCCGCCCGCUGGCCGAAGCACCCGCCUUCCCCUCCUGAUCCAGGAUGGCGCAGGCCGGCAGGGCGGUGUUGGGGGGAGGG